CACACCUCACCGGCCUGACAAGAGUCAAGACAAGCCAAGCCAGCGAGCAACUAGUCUAACUACAUACCCCCAUGGCCAAUGGUCCUCUAUAUAAGGACCUGCCGACCUCUGCUCUAGCACACUCCGUUACCAAGCCUUCUUCUUCUCCUCCCCGGACCCGGAGCCUUCUCCUCACUCCUCCGAGCUGGCUAGCGACAAGCGCGACGUCCUCGGCGGCGAUGCCGGCCUGUGCCUUGAUAACGGCGAGGUGGCGGCCGUGAGCAGCAAGACGGUAGUGGAGGAGCUGUACCGUGCCCUGGAGCGCGGCGACGUGGACGCCGUGCCCCGGCUGCUGAACCCGGACGUGGACUGGUGGUUCCACGGCCCGCGGGCGCACCAGCACCUGGUGCUCAUGCGCCUGCUCACCGGCGGCGGCGGCGGCCUCCCGUUCACGAUCCGGUCCCUUGACGCGUUCGGGGCGACCGUGCUGGCCGAGGGCACCGACGCGACGGGGGCGCUGUACUGGGUGCACGCGUGGACCGUGGGGCCAGGUGGCCGCGUCACCGAGGUGCGCGAGUACUGCAACACCACGCUCGUCGUGACGAGGCUCGGCGGCGGCGGCGGUGCCGGUGCCGGUGCCGGGGCCGACGUCGCCGCUGCUGCGGCGGAGAAGGCGAAGGCGCCGUGCUCGCAGUCGCAGUCGGAGCAGGUGUGGCAGAGCCGGCUGCCCGACCAGGCUCGUCGGAACCUCCCUGGCCUCGUGCUUGCCAUCUGAUCUCAUCAGAUGCGAAUCAUCCAUCGUGCCUUGUGGCCAUCAGCUCUGCAUGUUUCCAAUGUGGUUACAGGGACAUAAACGAAUCAAAUGCCUAUAAAAAAGCAAAAGAAAUCAUGUGAUAUUUGUGUGAUGCGAUU